CUUCACAACACAUCCAACUACCUUCACCACUUUCUUCAUCAAACCAAUCUAUCCUUUUAUCAAACUUAAACAAACCGUCACAAUGGUCAAGGCCGGUACGUCCACUCUUUAUUUGUUUACCUCUAACAGCCACCAUGCCACACUUCACACACACACACACCUUGCUGCAUGUGGAGAAGCGGGGCAUAUUUCCGUGAGCCAGAAUGAGCAGAUUCUUGCUCACCACCUGGACCCCUUCGAGUCCAUGAUAUUGUUGUCAAUUGAUUGGAGACUCGAAACCAUGGGGGAGGGCUCAAUUGGCCAUCUAUAUAUGUCUCCUGCUUGAGGACCCUGAUGGCUCAUGGCCGUUGGCGAUGUAACCGAUGCUCCCGUCACGCUGUCCCUGGCAGGAGGAAGGCGAACUGCUAUCCUCUCCCUCUCCAAUCAGAUCAGCAAUUCUAAUUCCAUCUACUACUUCAAACACCUUGAUGUCGCUGUCCUCCGUGGAGACUCCAACGUCAAGGGUACCGUCACCUUCGAGCAAGCCAGCGAGAACGAGCCCACCACCGUCACAUGGAACAUCACUGGUAACGAUGCCAACGCUGAGCGUGGUAUCCACGUCCACACUUUCGGUGACAACACCAACGGUUGCACAUCUGCCGGACCUCACUUCAACCCCCACGGCAAGGAGCACGGUGCUCCCUCCGACGAGAACCGCCACGUCGGUGACUUGGGCAACUUCAAGACUGACGGCCAGGGCAACGGCCAGGGAAGCGUCCAGGAUAAGCUCAUCAAGUUGAUCGGAUCCGAGAGCAUCAUCGGCCGUACCGUCGUUGUGCACUCCGGCACUGACGACCUCGGCAAGGGUGGACACGAGGACUCCAAGAAGACUGGUAACGCUGGUGGCCGCCCGGCUUGCGGUGUCAUUGGAAUCUCCAACUAGAUCCUUCAUACCAAUUUAUGACGAUCAAUACUGUCCUGCUCUAACAGCUCACAUGGCACACUCUAAGCUAUACAUGAAUGACAAGGUGUUUUAACAGAAUGCAAAUAUCGACAG